AUGGCUCACACUUCUGGCAUAAAGAUUUGCUGUGCAAGCCGGCCAUUGCGGAUAUUCGAAGAUGCUUACGGCAACCCCAUCACCCGCAUCAGGAUGGACCAGCUGACAGCUCAAGAUAUGGCAAUCCACGUGCGCGACGUCCUGGGACAGCAUGACCAUUAUCAAAGUUUACUGAAAACCCAUCAAACGGAGGCUGCGAAUCUGAUUGAGAUUAUCUCGCAGAAGUCAGAAGGCGUUUUCUUUUGGGUUGCUCUGGUUGUCAAGUCUCUCGCUCGCGGGUUAGACAACUGGGACGGCCUCAACUUCCCUCUCGCCUAA